AUGUGCAGGAAACUCGUCCGCGUACGUGUUUUACUGGGAGGGUUUGACACGUCAUGUGUAACGCACACAAACGCGGUCGGUACAUAUAAAAGCUCUUUUCCGCGUAUAGUUCCAUUUUCAUUUGUGGGAAAGUGUUUGAGAACUGUUUCUUCACUUUGUAUUUAUCGCUUAACCAAUCGGUUUUCCAUGGAGAAAUGUCCUGUUAGCGCAAGCUGCUUGAGACGUACCGUUUAA